AUGGGUAUCCUUUCGAUCUCGAAGGGAGCUGAACCUGAUACCGUAAUCCGGGAGAUAGAAGCAGCAGAGUCAAACUUUAGGGCGCUUGUAGACGCGGCCAUGACAAUCUCGUCUCCUAGAAGUUUGCUGGUCAACUUUGCCGGUGAAAUCGACAUCACACCGCUCACAAAUCUGGUGAAUGACCUGAUACUUCUUUUUCACGUCUUCCGUCGCAUUGCAUUGAAGGCAAUCGAUGCCCAGUCUGCGUUGAGAGAGGUCCCACCAAACAUCAUGAAGAACAACCAUUACAACACUCUCUGCCCCCUUACAGUGUUCCUUCGCAUCAUCGCCGGCGCUCUCAGCCGGGUCAACCUUCGAGAGGUGAACCUGGAUGAUAUGUUCUCCGAAUGGGGUCCAAUAAAGCCUCUUCGGAACGUCAUGGUCCAACUUCAGAAGAACUUUCAAACAAUCCCAGUAGGGCACAACGAAGUACUCCCAGGUUUUGCGAAUUGCAUUAUCCUCCACGAGGAACACUCUAAGUUCACGGUUUCCCCCACUGCGGCGGCUUAUUAUGCCCUGGCGGGCAUCAAUGCUCGUGCAACCGCCGUCCGAAGCCUUUUCCUUCAACAACUCAGAGCUGGCUGCGGACCUGAGGUGCGCGACCGAAUCGCAAAAAUAGAACUGCUUUCGCGGGACUUGGCGAAUUAUCACAAGACUAGAAGGGGCGCGGAAAGUGAUGAGUGGGAUGGUAAUCCUUUCAGUGGCCCUGGGAGCAACCGAGUCAAGGUUGGAGGGUUUGGUGCAUCCAUGACGCCAAAGGGAGGGUACAAGCUGGCGUGUAUUGUCGAUUUUUGGCGUUUUGAAAUGGAGAGGCCAGCAGCUGUUGAGGAGCGUGCCCUAGGGGCGUUAAUUUCUUCAGGUGGCAUAAGAGGCGCGUGGAAUGCCACCUCAUGCGCAGAAUGGGAGCUAUGGCUCACUAAGCUGUCUCGUCAGGACGUCCAACCCGUCCCGUUCGAUACAGUUUACCCUGUUAGGGAGGAUAUGGCCAAGUCCGCUACCUGGACGCGCAUGGCUUCUCCAGCUAGUGCCACUCGUGCUCCUUCGAGUGGCAAGAGGGCCGCAGUUGGUUCGAGGGUAGAGGUGGCCGCAGUGUUGCGAGAACCCGUACCGUACUCCAUUGAGUCCAGGUUGACGUUUCCGGAAAACGGGGAGAAGAAACCAACGCCCGGAAUAGCGUUCCCUCGUUCCCAGAAGACAACUCAACGUCAGCAACCCACAGUGUCCGGAGGUGAACCAUCGGUUAUUGUUACCAAAACGAAUUCUUUUACCAUUCAAAGCAGGCGCCCUGAGGCGAAGCCGACGUCAGAUCAGCCUGGAAAGAGGAGAGGGAUGUUCUCUAAAAUGUUUAGUUAA